GCAACUAAACUUUAAACCAUUUAUUAUUUUGAAAGAAAAAUUCGAUAUUUGCCGGUGGGUUAAAAGUUUUUGUUAAUUUUCUGAAAGAUAAGUGAAGUUGAUUCAUAUAAUUCAUCAUGAAAUUAGUUAGAUUUUUAAUGAAAUUAAGUCAUGAGACAGUGACGAUAGAAUUAAAGAAUGGUACCCAAGUAUCUGGUACCAUCACCGGCGUGGAUGUCGCUAUGAAUACGCAUUUGAGGUCUGUAAAGCUAACAGUGAAAAACAGAGAUCCUAUUCAACUAGAAACCAUCAGCAUUCGAGGAAACAAUAUUCGUUAUUAUAUUCUUCCAGACAGUCUUCCGCUGGAAACUCUACUGGUAGAUGAUACACCGAAAGCCAAAGCAAAGAAGAAAGAAACUGCUGUAGGAAGAGGUAGAGGCCGAGGGCGCGGAAGAGCCCGUGGUCGUGGUCGAGGUAGAGGAAGAAGAUAGUUUGUGUCGAUUUUUCUGUAUUUUUCUCAUUAUCAUUUUAUUCAAGUACUUUUCAUAUGUAAUAAGAACAUAUUAAUUCAACACCAUGUCAGCAUAUACAGUUUUUAUGAUAAUAUUUUGAAAUCAGUGUAAGAAGGAAGAAAAGAAAAAGGUUCUGCUGUUUAUGAAUUCUUCUUUCUCUUCUUAUUCUUUUGUGGAUGAAGAGCGAAAUUGUUCAUUAUUUAAAUUUUUCUACUUGUUUGAUUUAUGUCUUGUAUGAAACUUCCAAAAUGUUGCCUUCAAUUGAAAGGAUAUGUUUGCAAAUCAUACAUUUUGAUUGAUAAUACAUGAUAACUCUAUUCAUCCUUUUGUUUUUAUGCUGCAAAAUAUUGCAGUGUUUACACCUUCUAAAUCUUAUAUAGACACAAACAGAUUUCUAAUAUCAUUGCUAAAAGUUAUCUUAUGAUUUUAUGUUCUUUUUAGUAUUUCAGGGACUUUUUAAUUGAUUUAAUAGUGCACAUAUUCGUACUUAAGAAAAAAAAGUUUUGUACCAAUGAUUGUAUACAUUAAUUUUCAAAUUAAUAACCAUACUUCUUGUAAUUUUUCUAAUAUAUAAAAUUAAGGUCUUUUGUUUUGAAAAAUUUUAUAGUUUUUAUUUUACUGAAAUAUGUGUAAAGUAUUAUACAUUUUAGUAUUUAUUUUGUAUCAAUAAGUUCCUUAUUUCUGUGAAAAAUCCAAAUGAAUGCGUUUAAUUCUUAUGCUUAUAAAUCACUUGUAGUAUUAUAUUUGUAAAUCUAUAACUUAAACUAUUGCAAAACUUCCAAAAUUAGAUAUCUUUGCAUAUUCAGCUCUGCUUUUGAAAAUAUUAUUUUACCGUAUAGUGUCGAUUGGUAUACUUUCAAAUAAUGGGGUCUCAAUCAUUGUCAAACGUAAAUGUUUGGAAUCAAGUAAUGGUUACUAUUCCUAUACAGAUUUAGCAAAUUUUUGUUUAGAGCACUGUUAAUAAAUAAAUAAAGAUUGAGUAAUAAUAAUAUGAAGAUAAAAGAAUAAUAUAAAGAUUGAUGCAUUUUGAAGAUUGCCGAAAUUUAAACUUCAUGCCAGAUAAAUGCUAAGGCAUUCUUUUAAUUAUGAUUCAUAAUAAUAUUUCAACUAUAAUUACUUUAAGCAGUAAUAUUUAUUAAUAGUUAAUUAUUUUGAUCAUUUAACUUUUUGCUGGGAAAUAUGAUUCUUUAAAGUAAAUAAGUCACUCCUUUUGACUUUGAAGUGAAACUGUAUUUUUAAGGAUAUUAUAAAGACUGUAUAUAUGUCUUUGAAGUUUUAAGAAAUUAUAUUGAUAAACCUAAAUUGUAUGAUUGCAUUAAACAUCAACUACAGAGGUAAUUAGUUUAGCCUCUUGGAGUAUUCAUAAGUCAGUUUUAAAAAAUUCUUCCAUUAUUGUUCAUACAUAUGGUUUGAUGUUAGUUUUGUGUAAAAAUGCGACUUGAAUAAAAUAUCACUUUUUAA